UGUUCUCGCUUUUGUCCUUAAUUCAAAACCCCAAACUGACAACUCUCUCUCUCUCUCUCUCUGUUGGAAGGGCCACGCUGGAAUCUGUCGUCAUGAUCGCCGGAAAUUCACUUUCUUCCGGCGCCUUGAGCUCUGCAACACGACGGAUUUUUUUGCAGCUGGAGGGAACUAUAUGGGGCUGUUUUAUUAGUUAAUUUUGGGAAUUUGCUCGUGAAUGAGAAAGUAGAGAGAGAUUAAGUUGGAGACAAUUUUGUAUAUACAUCUUUUGACAUACAUACCUAUAUACGUAUGUAUGUAAAGCUACCUUCCUAUGGAGAGGAGUGCACUCGUCUGUUGAUCAUAUGGCACAUACAUAUGCUGGUGAAACCCUUUGAAUUCUUUUAAAACAAGGGGCCCUCCGUUCUGGACCUGGCUGGCAAGUGAUGAUGCUGGGUGUUCUCGAUGUCUUGUUUUCUUGAUUUCUGUUGUACAAAAGUCACACAAUGCCUUUUGAAACAAUGGGACAGAGGAGAUUGUCCACGUCGUCUUGCUUCCUUGAAGAAACUUCCUUUCCUUCCGAGAAAAAGUUUGGAUUUUGGAAGCCAAAAGGUACCCACUACUGCCAAGUGGGCUUAUCCAAGAAUAGUGUUCUAGUGCACAAAUCUGCUGAUGCUGUAGCAUCUUGCAUUCAGCAAGUGGAACUUCUUGGGUCCACAGAAGAAAUUGAUUCAAAAAUCAUAGGAAAUCUUCUUCCAGAUGAGGAUGAUCUCUUUUCUGGAGUUAUUAAUGAAUUGGACCAUAUUGCUGAUGCCAACAGAGGAAAUGAUGCUGAAGACGUUGAUCUUUUUAGCAGUGUUGGAGGCAUGGAGCUAGAAGUAGAUAAUGGGUCUUGUGCUGUUCAAAAAAAUUCCAAGUCAGGUGGGGGAAUUCUUAGUUGUUGGAGCAGUUCUGAUGGAUUUUAUGCAAGUAAAGAUUCUUUGGGUCAACACCCUUCCAGAACACUUUCUGUGAGGAACAUCAAUUGCAAUGUUGAAGAUUUUGAAUUAAGGGCUCUUUUUGAGAAAUAUGGGGAUGUCCAAACUCUCUGUACUGCAUGUAAGCAUCGCGGGAUUGCCCUGAUUUCUUAUUUUGAUAUAAGGGCUGCUAGGAAUGCAAUGAGAAAUCUUAAUAAUAAAAUGUUGGGGCAUUGGAGACUUGAUAUUCACUACUCAAUUCCAAAGGAUAAUCCUUCAUGGAAAGAUUUUAACCAUGGAACCAUUUUUGUGUUUAAUAUCAACUCUUCUAUUGCGACUGAUGCCCUUCACCAAAUUUUUGGCGUUUAUGGAGAAAUCAAGGAAAUCCGUGAAGCUCUCUGCAAAUGUCAUCACAAGUUUAUAGAGUUCUAUGAUGUUAGAGCUGCAGAAGCUGCUUGUCAGGCAUUGGACAAGUGUAAUAUUGCCGGGAAGCAGAUCAAGCUUGAACUAAACUGUCCUGAAGAUGCUAGACACUGUUCAAAUAAGUGCUCUGAGUUGGAGCAAGAUGAAUCUGGUCAGUCCAGAAGCUCUAAUGACUUGUCAUUAUCAGAGACCAUGUGUAGGGUUCUUCCUGCUACCUUUCCACUUGGAGAUACUACAGUCAGUUGCUUCAGUAAUGGCUCUGUCCAGAGAUUACAAUCUGCAAGUGCAUUAUCUGAAAAGGCACUCAGUCAUGGGAGUUGUGUUCUGGAUACCUUUCGGUAUCCACCGAGAAUGGCAUCUGCCAGUGAUCAGUUUGGCCCUCAUAAACCUAGCCAAUCUCUGGGUCAAGUAGAAUUUGGCAACAAAUGUUUUGAGAGCUGCCAUCCUUAUUCCUUCCUUGAUUGUCAGAAUAUUUCUAAUCCCUGCGAGUCUCCAAAUACUGUUGCCAACAUGGUUGGCAGAAUUGGUGCAAGAUUAUUAGAUAAGAAGAUUGGUGGACACACCAGUACUAGGAGUUUGAAUUGGCAACCGAUGGAACUUGAAGAGUGGGUUGCUGGACCUUUUAGCAAUGCCACCCAUCCUGUUAAUGGACAUCAUUGGAGCAACUCCACUUUGUGCCAUCAUCAUCCCUCGAGUCCCAUGGUUUGGCCAGAUUUUCCCUUGUUUUCCAAUGGUGUUAAUGCUCCUUGCUCAAAACAACUGCUUGGACCUUUUGGAACUUCACCUGAUGUGCUGAACACAGUUUCACCUCCACGCCACCUUCAUGUUGGAUCUGCUCCAUGCAUUAGGCCCCCAUUUUGGAAUACACAACAUUCCUAUACAAGGGAAUCUCCUGAAGAUUUGGCUGUUUGCUUGGAUUCUCUUAGAAGUGAGGAUUUCGCUGGUAGUUUCCCAUUGCAACUGCUGGGGAGACCUUCCCAUAUCUUUUCUAAUACUCUAAGAAAUUGCAUGGAGAAGUCUUCAAAUGAUGCAUUGCAUUCUCCUCAUCAGAUGUCUCACAUUUCCUGUGGUCGAACAAUGGUUUCAUCAUUUCCAACCACACUUGCUUCUCCUUCUAAUUGUGGAAGAACCUUCUCACACCGAAGAAAUCAGCACAGUGCUAAUCAGCAAACUGACAAGAAGCAGUUUGAACUUGACAUCCAUCGCAUAUUGCGUGGAGAAGACAGCCGAACAACACUGAUGAUAAAGAAUAUCCCCAACAAGUAUACUUCUAAAAUGCUUCUGGCUACCAUUGAUGAACACUGUAGAGGAAGUUAUGAUUUUAUUUAUUUGCCAAUUGAUUUUAAGAACAAAUGCAAUGUUGGUUACGCAUUCAUCAACUUGAUUGAUCACCUCCAAAUUAUUCCUUUCCAUAAGGCAUUUAGUGGCAAAAAAUGGGAGAAGUUCAACAGUGAAAAGGUGACUGCUCUUGCAUAUGCUCGAAUUCAAGGGAAAGCUGCUCUGAUUGCUCAUUUCCAGAACUCCAGCUUGAUGAAUGAGGAUAAACGUUGCCGCCCUAUUCUUUUCAGCACUGGAGGUCCAAAUGCCGGUCAACAGGAGCCAUUCCCCAUUCCCACCAAUAUCCGAUCAAAGGCAAGCAAAGCUCAAAAUGAUUUCAACGAGAAUCGUCAGCAGGGCAGCCUGUCCACUUCUGUAAAUGGAGAGAACUCUCCUAACAGCUUGAACUCUUGUGGUUCCUCGGCGGACUCAGAUUGAGAUGAAGUUUCUUUUUUUUUUUUAAAAUUCCAAAUCCAACUAACUGCUGGGGAGGCAUUGCAUGGUAGGCACUAGACAAACAUGCCUCUUUUAUCAAUUUUGAAACGAGAACAUGACCAAAUUGGCUUACAAUAUUCAUGGUUCUGUAGAAGUUUUCGCUUCACAACUAAAUUAGGGACAACUUUGAUAGGCUUAAAGUUUUGGAUGUUUGCAAUCAUGUAAUGUACUGCAUAUGUAGAUUAAUUCUGUUCUCAUUGUUUCAUUUCAAUGUUAAUCUAUAAACUGUAAUCUCUCUUGCCAUUUUGUGAAUGCAGCAGAGCAAUCUCUGUUGUUUUCCAGGCUGUGCGGGGUAGAGUUUUUGGCUUU